UUUUUUUCUGUGUUAUGCUAGAGAAUUGAUGCUGAAUGACUGAUCGGCUUGAAGGAAGUAGAGUUGUGUUUUCUCUCUCUUUGAGCACAAGGACUGCAUAUUUGGAAGGAGCGAAACCGCCGUCUCUUUGAGCACAAGGAAGCCACCUGGUGUGCAGUUCUGAUCUUCAUCUAGGACGAGUUCAAUCUGUGGUUUUCAAUAGGUGCGAGGGUCACUGGGUAGCUAGUACUAGCAGCAGUAGAGUAGAGUGUGAUCUUGCAUCUGGUUGACACUAGUCGAUCAACUCAACGCCCAGAAUCUCUCUCUAAAAAAAAAGGGUAGCCUUGCCCUUUCCCACGCCGUCAAGCCGCAACAGUAGCUCCAAAACCCUCGUCGAUCUCGUCGCCACCGACCAUGGAGGCGCAGACCGACGCCGCCCCCGGCGGCGGUGACGACCUGGCGACCAUGCGCGAUCAGUGUCGGAUCUUGGAAGAGUCCAUCUCCGCCCGCCGGGAGGUGCAACUCGACCUCAUCGCCUCCCUCCAGCACCUCGUCCCGGACCUGGUCCCCUCCCUCGACCGCUCCCUCCGCCUCAUCGCUGCCUUCAACGGCCGCCCCUUCGUCCCCACCCCGAACCCCAACGCCGCCGCGCACGCGCAGAACCCCAACCUCAAGCACCCCCACCGCCGCACCCUCCCAGACCCGGCCCGCUCCACCCGCCGCAAGACCUCGCCCGGAUCCUCCCCGACCUCCGCCGCGGCGGGAGGCGCCGGCGCCGUCGGAGGCAUCGAUGCCGUGCGCACCAUGGUCGCCGUGUGCCUCCUCGAGCUAGUCCCCUUCGCCGAGAUCGACGCCGCCGCGCUCGCGCGCCGCCUGCAGGCGGAAACGUCGUCCGCCAGCGAGGCAGAGCGGGCGGCUCUCGCCGACCUCGCGGCGGAGCUGGGAGGCUCCGUGCCCGCCGCGGUGGCCCUGGCGCUCCGUCGCAUUGCGGAAGACGGCGGUGGCUUGCAGAUCGAGGAGGCCUUCAUUGGGGGCAAGCAGAUGACGAUGGUCUGGGCCAUCGACCGGAGCAAACUCCUCAAAGAGCUACCGGAGUCCGCCUCUGUGCCCCAAGUCCAACCUCCGCGAACUCCACAGGCGGCCCCGCCCGAGACUGAUGCUAGCAGCGCCAUGAUACCGAGGGCCCCCCCGCCGCAGCCGCAGCCGGAUAUGUGGGGACACCCAAUGCCACCGAUGUUCCCACGGUCUAGGGGCAUGGCGAUGCCGAGGAUUCCGCCAGGAUUGAUGCCGCUGCAGCGGCCAUUCAUGGCGCCAGGGGCGGUUAUCCCAAUGGGUGGUGGUCCGGGACCCAGCCCCACCCAGCUGAAGCAGAGGACAGAGGAGGACGACCUGAAGGAUUUAGCGCUGCUGCUGAACAAGAAGACAUAUAGAGAGAAGCAGAAUACGAAGACUGGAGAGGAGCUGCUGGAUCUCAUUCACCGGCCUACGGCAAAAGAGACUGCUGUCGCAGCAAAGUUCAAAACAAAGGGUGGCUCCCAGCUAAAGGAAUAUUGUACCAAUUUAACUAAAGAAGAUUGCCGACGCCAAACAGGUUCCUUUGUGGCCUGUGAUAAGGUCCACUUUCGGCGUAUUAUCGCUCCUCAUACUGAUACAAACCUAGGAGACUGUUCUUUCCUGGACACUUGCCGUCACACAAAGACUUGCAAGUAUGUCCACUACGAGCUUGAUCAAACACCAGAUGUACCUCCAAUGAUGGCUGGUGCCCUUGCACCACCUAGGCAAAUAAAGCCCCAGAGAGCUGAAUAUUGUUCAGAAAUAGAGCUUGGAGAAUCUCAAUGGAUAAACUGUGAUAUUCGGAACUUCAGAAUGGACAUCUUAGGACAGUUUGGGGUGAUUAUGGCUGACCCCCCUUGGGAUAUUCAUAUGGAGCUCCCAUAUGGCACAAUGGCUGACGAUGAAAUGAGGACACUUAAUGUUCCAGCUUUGCAAACUGAUGGUUUAAUUUUCUUAUGGGUCACUGGUCGUGCAAUGGAACUUGGGCGUGAAUGUCUGGAGCUCUGGGGUUACAAGCGUGUUGAGGAAAUUAUCUGGGUGAAGACUAAUCAACUUCAACGAAUCAUUCGAACUGGCCGCACUGGCCAUUGGUUGAAUCACAGUAAAGAACAUUGUCUUGUUGGAAUAAAAGGAAACCCUUUAGUGAACAGGAAUAUAGACACUGACGUUAUUGUUGCCGAAGUGCGUGAAACAAGCAGAAAACCUGAUGAGAUGUACGCCAUGCUAGAACGGAUAAGCCCAAGGACAAGGAAGCUGGAACUGUUUGCAAGAAUGCAUAAUACACAAGCUGGAUGGCUUUCUCUGGGUAACCAGUUAAACGGAGUAAGGCUUGUCGAUGAAGGGUUGCGAGCAAGGUACAAGGCUGCUUAUCCCGAUGGUGGGGUGCAGCCGUCAUCACCUCCCAGAACAAGCGCACCUAUGGAUGUUGACCAAAGCAAUUCACAGAAACCUAGUGCUGCGCCAGAUGGUGGCGAGAGACCUGCCUGAUGCUGGCAACCUUACCUCGAAGGACCUGGCUGUGCUUGACUCGUCAUGCAAUGAUCACUGUUGAUCGCAUAGUUUUUAUCACUGUUAGUGUUACGUCUGUUGUAAAAUUAGGCAGCUCGGCCGGUUGUAUUUGGUUACUGAAAAAAGAGAAGGCCAGGAGAUUGUUGUAUAUCUCAGACAGAUAUCGGAUGAAAGGAGAUACAGCCCCUUCUGAUAUUGCCACCAGUGUAAUCAGGGGCUGAUUAUCAGUACGCAUCAUGUUUUUCAAA